AUGGAGAAGGUCCAGUUCCAGCUCGAGUCGACGCUCCCAGAGCUCAAGGACCUGUACGACAAGGGUCUCUUCUCAAAGGCAACCGCCGCCGUCGACCUCGCCGUGUACCUCCCUAACCAUUCCCAGUAUGAGAUCGACCAGAUCACCAAGCGCCGCACGGCGUUCGAGACGGCCCUCAUCCGCCGCGUGACCCGCAAGGACGAUUUCUUCAAGUAUGCCGAGUACGAGAUCAACCUCGAGCACCUGCGCAAGGUCCGAUGGAAGAAGCUCAAGUACCACAUCAACACGCCCCCACCGUCGGCAUCGACCUACUCGCUCCCCCGGCGCACGCUGUACAUCCUCAAGCGCGCGACGGCCAAGUUCCCCGGCGACCUGGCAGUGUGGCUCGCGUACGUCGAGUACGCGGCGCGUGAGGGCAUGUCCAAGGUCGUCGCCAAGGGCAUCAACAGUGCACUCCAGCACCACCCUCUCUCGCCCACGCUCUACCUCCUGCAGUCGUACCACCACCUGCACCCGGGAGAGCCGCUGCCCCAGUCGAUCAUCCCGUCUACGUCGACGCUGGACCUGCCGUCGCAGACAAGCGAGGACAAGCCGUCGUCGGCCUUCUCGCUCGAGGGCACAGGACCCGCACGAACAACGCUCCUCCUGGGCCUGCGUAUGAUCCCCGGCUCGCACAUCCUGUGGGGAGAGUACGUCAAGCUCGAGCUCGGCUGGGUGGAAGCGCUCCGCCGACGAUGGCGUGCACUCGGCAUCGCAGCAAAACCUACAGAGGGUGCCGACGACGCGUUUGACGGCGAUGUCGAAGCUCUGGCAGGUGGUGAGGGCGCGUUUGGACCAGAGGGCGAGGACGCACGGAGAGCAAUCCUGUCCGGCCAGCUGGUGGUGCACGCGCUUGAGUCGGGCCUGGGCAAGGUCUCGGGUACCGGCCACGAGAAGAACGAGGACGGGGAUAUUGUCAGCGGCAUCGCGUUCCGCGAGGGUUUGUUGUCCCUGCUCAGGAGUUACCCCUCGCCAUUGCGUACCAAGGCGCUGGGUGUGGUGUACGCCGAUCUCGAGCGUGUGGCCGAGGGCGGCGGUGAGGCUGGUGCACAAGCGCGCGUGUUGUUACUCUCCCCCCCACUCCUCGACCGCGCGUACAACCCCGAGGUCCGCGACGAGGGCGGCCUGGUUGUAUCGGGGCUUGAGCUCGUCGACGCCUACGGCAAGAUCGGAAAGGAAAUCCGCUCGGCCGCCAAGACGGCCGGCCCUGCGUUCCUCGACGAGGCGAGCAAGUGGAUCGUUGCGCGUAUUGCCGCGGAUAUCGAGGGCAACAAAGACCUCAAGAGCUACCUCAUUGGCACGACCAAGGCGCUCACCAGGGCGUCGCUGAAGGCGUCUCCUGCGACGCUGAAUCGCUACCUUGGCUUGCUCGCCGACACCAACUCGGCCGAGUACUCGGCAUCGGUACGGGAGUUUGCCGCGAGGUACCCCGCGAGCUCGGAGCUCCAGGCUCGUCUGGUCCAGGACCUUACUUCGGGCGACGAGGACGCCGCUACUGUGCGCAAGGCGUGCGCGGACGCCGUCGCGCAGGUUACCCGCUCGCAGCUUGAUGCCGCGGGCCAGGAGACGGUCAUCCAGCUGUGGAAGUUCUGGGCCAGGUGGGAGGACAAGCAGGAGAACAACGCCGCCCAGUGGCGCCGGCUGCUGCGUGACUCGCUGCGUCUCGGCGCUGGCAUCCCUGCUCUUCACCAGACCCUGCUUGCCGACUACUAUGCGUCACAACUGCGCGCGGGCACCGCACCGUCCAAGGCGCUCGACACGGUCAUCAAGUCGUACCAGCCCACGCCGCUGUUCUUCGACCUGGCUUUCGAGGCGCUCGACGAGCUGAACGGCACGCAGGAGCCCCUGAGCAAGCUGUACGGCUCGUGGCGUGCCGCGUGCCGCACUGCCAGCGACCGCGUGGAGGCGGUCCUCGUGUGGGCGCAGUGGCUCGUCGAGCACGCCAAGGGACGCGCUGCGCACGACGCGGUCGCGGCUGUGCUGAGCGAGGUCAAGGGAGACGAGGCGGCAUCCGGCGAGCUCGAGGCGGGCUGGAAGGAGAUCCUCGACGAGGCUGAGCGGGAGCGCGAAGAGGCGGACGAGGAUGUUGACAUGAGCGGGAGCGAGGAGGGAAGUGAGGAGGGCAGCGAGGAGGAGGACGACGAGGAGGAGGAUAAGGAGGAGGAGGAGGAGGACGACGACGAUGACGAGGACGGCGAGAGCGGCGACCUCGAGAUUGAGAUGUAG